AUGAGUGAAGAGAUCCAGGUCUUGUCCAACGGUUACCACUAUGUGAUCGGACACCCGUAUGCGCCGAGUGAAGCGUCGGCGGCGAUCGCUAAGAUGGUUGUCGCGGCGCUGGAGCUCAUCUCAUCCUUGGGGCUGCUCGCAGCAAUCCUAUUCUCUGCUUUCAAUACGCGAUCUUCCAAGGAUCCGAACCUCUUCGUCAGGACACACUCGGCCAUCUUCUUCGUCUGUCUCGUGCUUUGUACUGCCUUCCAAGCCGUAGGAGGUCUUCUGACCUCGAACUGGAUUCGUGAGAGGGGUGUGCAUGCUGGAGCAGCUUGCACUACUCAAGCUAUCAUCAAACAUGUUUCGGACGUUGGGAUAGCGCUGUACUCUUUGGUGAUCGCGGUAUACUCCUUCCAGACCCUCCGCAAGAAACGCGACUCGACAGAUACUGCGGAUGAUGGUGAGGAGACCAACCCGUACUCGAAGAUACGCGCCACAAUGUUCAAAUGGCUCGUGGUGGCGUUUUCGUGGUUCAUCCUCGCUGCCAUUGUUGUACUCGGACCCGAGAUCACAUCAGAGAAGGAGAAGGGCGACUUCUACGGUGUCGCGGGCGAGUGGUGCUAUAUCACUGAUGGCUAUCUUCCUGAGCGUGUAGCGUUCGCCUAUGGGCCGAUGAUCGCAUCAUCUUUCGUCUCGUUGGCCCUCUACGUCGGCGCUUUCUACCAUAACCGCAAACAGCUACGCGUCGAGAAGCCCGGAUCAGAGUACAUACUCUCUGAACAAGACCAGGCUGACGAGUAUGCGCUCAAGCUCUCACGCUACAUGAUAUGGUAUCCUCUGGCGUACUUCUGCUGCCUGUUACCCCUUGUCAUCCUGCGUUUCGUCUACUGGAGCGGUUUCGUCGUGCCCUUUGGAGCGACUAUCUUCACAGACAUCGUUUAUCAUCUAUUGGGCAUCGUCAACACGAUCAUCUUCAUCUGCACGCCCCGCUUACUCCCGCCUCGGACCGUCUUCCCCUCGCUCUUCAACGCGAACAGCUAUGCCGAGUCGCGCGCGGCAUCGUAUGCCAACCCGCGUCACAAGCAAGCCAAGACUUUCGCCGCCGAUCGCCGCCCGCCGCCACUGUCGCUCGCGGUGCCCGCUCCUGCCCAUACUAUUCAGGAUCCAUUUGCGACGCCAGUCAUUGACGAGAAAGGCGAGGUUCAACAUAUCACAGUCACUAUGCCCGGCCGCCGCAAGGGUGUGCGCGAGCAGAAAGUGGUGAAGUUCGGACUGCCCACUCGCCCUGGGAGUCAAGUUCCGCCAGCGGCAGUCUCUCCGGCGACGAGGUCGAGGCUCUCCACUUCGUACUACAACGACGAGAAGGACAUCACCGACGACGAAGAUGAGACGCCCAUUGUUGAGUCUUUGCCAUAUGGCCGACUUCCCGCCGGUCUGCCUGGCAAUCCUGCCGCUCCCAUGCGAGGCGCUUCCGGCAAUGCUACUGUACCUGGGCCAGUCAUUGAGCAUUCGUCUUGGUCUACGACUACCGGCACUACGGCGACGGCAGUCUUGGAUGUUGGAACAGCUUAUAGCGGUAGUCGGACAUCGCUUGCGUGGACGUCUCGACCUGCGAGUAUUGCGCCGACGGAUGUGAACGAUUCGCCCUUGCCGGGUGCUACGUUCCAGAUGGUCACCCAGCCUGGGUUGUACGUUCACAGGUCUGGGGAGAGUACGCAUGAAGGGUCCGCCGAUGAUUCGCAUAACGCAUGGGCUCAGUAA